AUGUCGGCGACACUGAAAAGCGUAUACGCGGGCAAUCCUGCCACGGUUCGAGGACAAUCGACCAAGAUCUCUGCUGAUCCCAAGGGCGAAAAAGUCGUCUACUGCCAAAACCGUACCGUCUUUGUUCGAUCGAUUAGCGACGCUUGCAAACCUGCUCUCGCUUACUCGCAGCACACUCAGCCGACGACUGUAGCACGCAUCUCGCCAACCGGCUACUACUGUGCCUCUGCUGACCAAGCCGGCAACGUUCGAGUAUGGGACUUGGUCGGAGAGGAACAGAUCAUCAAGAGUCAAGUCAAAGUCAUUGCUGGUCGCAUCAACGAUCUGGCAUGGGAUGGCGAGUCGAAGCGUAUCAUUGCCGUCGGUGAUGGAAGGGAACGUUUUGGACACGCAUUCAGCUUUGAUACAGGUUCGAGUGUAGGUGAGGUGACGGGUCACAGUCGACAGAUCAACGCGGUUGCGAUUCGAAAAGAUCGUCCUUUCCGCGCUGUCACUGCUGGUGAUGACAACAAUCUCGUCCUCUACCACGGAGCACCGUACAAGUACAACAAGACGAUCAACACUCACUCUCGUUUCGUGCAGGAUGUGGCCUAUGCGCCGAAUGGCGAGCACUUUGUUUCCGUUGGUUCGGACAGCAAGGUCUUGCUCUAUGACGGCAAGACAGGUGACACUCUCGUCGAGCUUUCCGCCAAAGCAUCAGGUGGACAUACAGGCACGAUCUUCGCCGUGGACUUUUCACCGGAUAGCAAGAAGAUCGCUACUGCUGGUGCGGAUGGCUUUGUCAAGGUGUGGGAUAUUGCAGGCGAGAAGGUGAAAGCUUGGCACGAUUUCAACGGACAGAGCAGUCAGAAGGUGGAUGAUCAGCAGGUGGGGAUUGUUUGGGCUGGAGAUCGUAUUGUCUCGCUCAGCUUCAGUGGUGAUCUUAAUGUGAUUGAAGAGGGCGGCAAGGUGAACAAGUUGUACGGAGCUUGCAAGAGUUUCGGCGUGCGAUCACUGGAUGUAGCCGAAGAUGGAAAGAUUUUGGUCGGCGGUACUUACGACGGAAGGGUUUUGACUUGGACGGCUGAUGGGGUGUGUAAGCGUGUUACAGGCGCCGAGGGGACAAGUGCGGCAGUGUUAGGUGUACACACGACUCACGAUGGCGCAUUUAUUGUCAGUAUGGACGAUUCUGUACGCAAGAUCUCGCCCACUGAAAACAAGUACACUUCCAACACAGCCGUCUCGCUCUCAAGCCAGCCCAAAGGAUCAGCCGCCUCAACCAGCGGCACCGUCGUCAUAGCUGGCGCCAACGGAAUCGAUAUCAUCUCCAACGGCAUCACCAAAAGCAACCACCGCACCACCUACAGCCCAUCCUCGGCCGCCAUUUCCGCCGAUGCCUCCCUCGUCGCUAUCGGUGCCGAAGACGGAAAAGUGCACCUCUACACCCUCUCUUCCUCCUGCUCCUGCUCCUGCUCCUGCUCCUGCUCCUGCUCCUACGAACUCAAAGAGACGCAUGUGUUCAGCAACAACCGUUCAGCCGUCACCGCGCUCUGCUUUGACGGACAACUCUCUCUGCUCGCUGCUGGAGAAUGCAACGGUAAAAUCCAGGUUUACGAUCUCGACAGCAAAUCCCUCAAGAUCGCACACUGGGUUUUCCACUCUGCUAGGAUCAACGAUAUCAAAUUCUCCCCCGACGGCACCCACGCAGUCUCGGCAAGUCUGGAUACACAUGUGUACGUUUGGAGCGUAAAGAAACCAGCCAAGAAUAUCGCAAUUAAAAACGCCCAUGCGAAUGGUGUACAGGCUGUUGCUUGGCUAGGCCAUGAUACCGUCGCUAGUGCUGGUGCUGAUGCUGCCCUACGCAUUUGGGCUCUUCAACUUGACCAAGAUGCUUAA